AUGGCUGCGGAAAAUUACCAGAAGAAAGAGCUGCUCGAGCUCAUGAACACGGGCGCAAACAAACAGUGUGUUGACUGCAAUGCGCCUUCCCCGCAGUGGGCCUCCGUCUCAUACGGCACCUUCAUCUGCCUCGAAUGCUCGGGCGUGCACCGCGGCCUCGGCGUGCACAUCUCGUUCGUCCGCUCGAUCACUAUGGACAAGUGGUCGGACGAACAGCUCAAGAAGAUGAAGAACGGCGGCAAUGCCAAGUUCACCGAGUUCAUGGACUCGUAUGGUCCCGAGGGCGGUUAUGAGAAGGGCAUGGGCAUCAACGACAAGUACAACUCGUGGGCGGCUGCUCAGUACCGCGAGAAGCUGGCUGCCGAGUGCGCGGACCCGCCUGUCGCAUGGUCCAAGUCUUCUCCUCCUGCCGAUGCUCCCUCUCGCCCGGCCUCUUCGCAGGCAACUCGUAAGGCGCGCAGUGGUCCUGCUUCGCGUUCUGGCACGCCUCUCUCUGGAAACGGCGGACGCGACUCGCCUGCGAGCGGCAGCGGCGCUGGCAGCGGCAACGAGGCCUUUUUCGAGCGUCUCGGCAACGCCAACGCUACGCGGCCCGAGAACCUCCCUCCCAGCCAGGGAGGCAAGUACAUGGGUUUCGGCUCUGCCCCGGUCGAGGACCCCAGAUCGUCUCACCCGAGCUUCGGUCUCUCUUCGCGCAGUGCGCCAACGCUCGAUGAGUUCCAGCGCAACCCCCUCGGCGCCCUCAGCAAGGGCUGGGGUCUGUUCUCCUCCGCCGUCGCUUCUGCCGGUCGCGAGAUCAACGAGUCGGUCGUCAAGCCGGGCAUGGCUCGUGCGAACGAGGCGUACGAGUCUGGCACAGGCGAGGAGUUCAAGCGCUACCUUGGCACGGCCGCCGAGCAGGCGCGCGCGGCGUCGCAGUGGGCGGGCCAGCGCGCCGGUGAGGGCUGGGAGCAGUUCAACGACGUUGCGCGCACGCGCGCCGGUGUCGACCUGAACGAGCGCCUCGGCGCCCUCGGUAUCGGCGGUCGCUCCGCCUCUGGAGGAUACUCGACUGUUGGCGCUGGACCGUCUGGACACCACGACGACGACUUCUUUGCCGACUUUACCGACGCGCAUGACCAGAACGCUCCUCUUGCCGGUGCUUCGGGGCAGACCAAGAAGGAGGCUGCCAAGCAGGCCAAGGACGAGAAGAAGAAGGACAACUGGGACGACGAUGACUGGAAGGACUUCUGA